CCUUCCCAUCGCCAGCUUGUCAUCCGCGCCGUCCCCGCCCGCCUAGGGUUUUCCCCGCCGCCGAAGACCGCCUGAGGGAGGGAGAAAAUGUCGUCGACGCCGGAGACGUCGCGGGAGCCCUGCCCGGACCGCAUCCUCGACGACGUCGGCGGCGCCUUCGGAAUGGGCGCCGUGGGCGGCUCCGUCUACCACUUCCUCAAGGGCCUCUACAACUCCCCCAAGGGCCACCGCCUCGCCGGGGGCGCCACGUCCGCACGCAUGCUCGCGCCGCGCCUCGGCGGCAGCUUCGCGGUCUGGGGCGGCCUCUUCUCCACCUUCGACUGCGCCUUCGUCUACGUCCGCGAGAGGGAGGACCCCUGGAACUCCAUCGCUGCCGGCGCCGCCACGGGUGGCCUGCUCGCCAUGCGCCAGGGCCUCAUGGCCUCCGCAAGGUCCGCGGUCUUCGGCGGCGCCCUCCUCGGGCUCAUCGAGGGCGCCGGGAUCAUGCUCAACCGUGUCUUGGUCGUCCCGCUGCCGCCGGAGGACAUGCUGCAGUACCCCGGGCAGGAACCUGGCCAGCACGCAUCACCUGGCUUCCUGGGAGUGCCGCCGGCGCCGCCGAUCGCGGUUCAGGAAGUUCCCGCCCCUGACUCUGGCUCGACUGGGUGGCUUGGCGGUUUGUUCGGGAGGAAGCCGCAGCAGGACAAGAUUGCAGGUGGGGAUCGUAAGUCGGAGGUGUUGGAGAUGGAUUUGCCCCCCAAGGCCGUUCCCUCCUUCGACUACAAGUGA